AUCACCUCCCCUCCUGCCCGGCCCAGAGGUGAACAGCGUGACGCCACAAUGCCUGAGCCAGAAAGCCCAAGAUCACAGCCUCACGCAAACUCUUGUUGAAGAGCUUGAUGCUGGCAAAGGCGAAGGAAGAGUGGGAACAGGAGCUCAUCGACAAACAGUCAGAGAAGGAAAGAUACCUGUCUGAGCGGGUCACACCACUGUACACCAGCGGGCUUUCCUUGAGCCAGCUCCAGGACCUCUGCAGGGAGCUGCAUGCGAAAGUUGAAAUUGUGGAUGAAGAGAGAUAUGACAUUGAAGCAAAAUGCAACCAUAACACCCGGGAGAUUAAAGACCUGAAACUGAAAGUGCUUGACCUCCGGGGAAAAUUCAAGCGACCUCCUCUGCGGCGAGUCCGUGUCUCUGCCGAUGCCAUGUUGAGAGCUCUGCUGGGCUCCAAGCACAAGGUUUCCAUGGAUCUGAGAGCCAACCUGAAGUCUGUCAAGAAGGAGGACACAGAGAAGGAGCGCCCCGUGGAAGUGGGCGACUGGCGCAAGAACGUGGAAGCCAUGUCGGGUAUGGAGGGCCGAAAGAAGAUGUUCGAUGCUGCCAAGUCCCCUACGGGCCAGUGAGGGGAGCGUCAGGCCGGGAAGAAGAGCCUCCCCAGUCCUGCUGUCUGCCUCCCUUCCCCUUGCUGUCCUUCCUUGCUCCUUAUGCCCGCACCCUGAAUUCACCACCGAGUUAAAGCGUGUGGACGACUGCUUGGGAAGGAGAUCUGAGCCUCUUCCUUUUCAUCAACCCUGGCCUACGGUUGUGUGCAGGUCUUACCUUACUCGUGCAAUCGGCCCUGCUCCGGGAUGGCCCUGGCACAAUGGCUCUCAGGUGCCACAGGUGUCACCAGCAUGGCCAAGGGGCUGCUGGUGCUCCUCUGUCAGCUGGCACAACACAGGGCCAGUCUUCUCAUGGGCGGCUUCCGCGUGUCUGUGCUGGGCAUCCAGCUCCAAGGGGCUGCUCGCCAUCCCCCUCCUCCCUCCGCUGCAGAGAGGCCCAGGAGACGGCUGCUGCUCUUCCCACUCCCCCAUCCUCCGACGUGUGCAGCCUGAGGUGUUCCCACGCAAUUGUACAUGUAUUAAAGGACAGUCUCCCGG